CUUCCCUAAAACACUACAUUUCCCAUGAGGCAGCCGCUCCGGCUUACGGAUUUAAUAGGGGGCGCUUCGCCCUAUGCAUGCUGGGUACUGUAGUUCCUCCGACGGGGCGAGGCAGCCGCCCCGCCCUGUCUCACAUGACGGCCAGGAGAAUGCGGAAAAAGCUCGGCAGCGCAGAAGCCGCGGCAAGAGGCGCGCUAGUUGCAGGAUGAGGCUCCUAUCAAGAGCUUAAGCCUCUUUCCAUGCAAACGGCAAUGCAAACGCUUUCCCUGCAAAGACUUUUUUGCUUCUGUGGUGCAACGGCGUGUACAGAUUUGGUUUCCUCCCCAGCGAGCGCCCGGCUGCUGCUGACAGUGUGUUUUGCUUUCGCUACUCGUCGGGUGGAGAACUCUUUGGGAUCCGCUUGGUGCGUUUUAAACGCGUAAGGUAGGGCCGGUGAGUCUUCUCCUGGGCGCAAAUAAUUGGAAACACUGCUUGCUGCCUCCCUGCGUUCAGCGAGAGCUGGACCUGCAGAAGGGAGCGGACAAUUAAACGUAAAAGUUGCAUACUGACCCCCCAACCCCUUGGUGCUCGGUGGCUUCGCAAGAUCCCUGUUUCUUAGAGGGAGGUGUUUGCUUACUCCAGAUGGGAAACCGAGAUGCGCUAAACUCUGGAGCGCCUGCCUGGGCUUUGGAGGCUGCUUCUGAAUGCACAGAAUUUUUUUCGCCCUCUAGGGAAAAGUGAGGAGUCCUUGCCUCCCACGUGGCUGCUCUCCCCUCCCAAGAAUUGAGGAAACGGCGACGUGCGCUCCCUUGAGUUUACUUGGCUGUUCCAAACCAUGGGCCAUCACGACCAUAUGUUCAAAGUGCUGAUUAUUGGGGAUGCCACAGUUGGGAAGACGUCACUGGUCCAGCGGUAUGCCAACGAUAGUUUCAGCAAACACUACAAGUCGACGGUGGGAGGUGAGUUGUUUUGGAUUUCUGCCCCACCCCCGGCCGCCGCCACCCCUGGAAAAACAACAAACUUAUUUGCAAUAGAUGAUGAGCUCUAAUAACAGAUUUAAUAACACAGUUCUAGUGCUAUACAAGCGUUGUCUAUUGCAAAUAUCUGCCUUUUGAUUGCAUUCCAUCUGAUGAAAAGCUCUGUGGAACUCAAAAGCUGUCAUACUCUUAAGUGGCAGGGGGUUUAGUUCAAUUAAAAGUGUUGCUCUCUUGUAUUUUAUUUUUGUUCCUGUUUCUUUGGAUGUUGCACUUCCUCCUUUGGUGUUUCAUUUGUGUUUGCACCUCUGUUGAAAUAAAACCAAGUCCCUCCCACCUUCUCAUACUGGGUAGCAAAACGCCAUUGAGAUGUCCUGGUUUAAAUAUGUCCAUAGUUACUCAUAGCCAUGUAUGUAUUUAUUCAUUUAAUUUCUAUACCAUUUUAUAUAAUUUUUUUAAAAUGUCAAAGCAGUUCACAAUCUACAUUAAAACAUCAAAUCCAAAAUAAAACAUUACUGAAGAAAUUAAAAUGGUUCAUGGUGGGGCGGCAGUGGAAGCUCAGGUUCAAUCACCUGGGUCUGCUCUAAGAGGUAGCCAAGAUGAUCUUGUAGUUGCUAGUUCUUAAAUAAUUGCAAUCUAUCAUUCAACAUUCAAGCUUUUUUGUUCCAUAGGAGAAACUAUGUUGUGAAACACUGGUUCUCUGCAUAAGGAGUAGCCUGGCUUCAAUUUUGUGUUUGUGUGUGUAAGACUUACUAUUUUUACCAGAAUUUCACCAGUAUGGUGCUUUGGAAGUUAUGGCUCCUUCUGUUUUAAUUUCAGAGCUGAAGACAAGUGUGUGGAAGCAGCUACACACUUCCCACUUUACAUGUUGGAUUGGUGGUGGCAGUUUUUUUAAAGUGCAUUCUCUUGAAAUAUCUUCAGAUUCUAUUUAUGGAAUCAUAGAAUUGUAGAGUUUGGAAGGGACCCCAAUAUCCUCUAGUCCAGCCCCCUUGCAAUGCUGGAAUCUCAACUAGAUCAUACACUCCAGAUAGCCAUCCAGUCUCUGCUUAAAAACCAGGACAGUGGUACUGAGUGAAUUUCUCAGGAUUGUGAUGUAAAAAGCCAAAGCAGAUAUCCAGUCUCCUUUGGCUUCAGUAUGGAAGUCUUCUGAAUUGCUUGAGUUUCUGUGGUAGAUUGAGAGCCAGUUUCUAGAAAGAGUGGCCACUUUUUGGAGUGGCAGGGUGAAUAUUAGGAUGGGACUUCCUUCACUUUGCACAACAAGCUAUACCUGCUGAGAAUACCUCUUCACCACCAUUAUUAAAGGUGCAAGAGCCCUUUUUCAAUGAGCCACCCUUUUCUAAAUCAGAAUCCCUACGCCAGCCAUUAUACUCAUUGUGUGAUUUUGGGAUAGUUAGCAGCUCUUAGCCUAAUCUGCCUCAGAGGGUUCUUGCUCACAAGGGAGGGAGCUGUCUAUUCCGCCUCAAGUUCCUUGGAGGAAGGAUGGAAUGGAAAGGUAAUACUUUUGUAGCUCUCAUGAAUCAUAUGACUUGCAUCAAAGAAUUCCAUAGAUCAAUUAUCAAAUUGUUAAGAGAAAUUCCAUCAUAUUUUAGGCCAGAGGAAAUACUCUAACCUUGUGUUUUUGGAAAAGGGCGUUUCUGAACUUGCUUGCAAAGAAUGGGCAGAGCAAUUGUAUACAUCAUUGGAGCUAUCACCCAUCUGUUGCUGUCCUGGCUCAUAGCAGCCCGGGCUUAAUGUGUGUGUAUGACUCUUUUUUUUUGUUUAUUCCUGGUAGAUCUUGGUUUCAAAUCUUGCCCCUGAAGGCAGGUAUUAACUGGCUGAUGUAGUUGAUGGGUCUGAUGGACCUCUUGGGAGAAUGAAGAGGCUUUGGAUCCAUCAGAUCCAAGGUGUCGACUAACACUGGCCUGGAGCAGCCUGUUUUGGGGCUUACAAACAACAGAAACACUGCCAGUGAUAGAUCUACUUGCCUGGGGAAAACGUGCUCCACCCCUUCUGGCAGAGAGAGACAUCCACCCCAUCCACUCCAGCCAGCAGAUCUACUGGUCAGGAUUGCUUUGGUAGUCUCUCAUCAUUUCCAACAGCAGUUUUUUAUCUUGGGAACUCACGGCUGCUUUUAAUUAAAUUGAAUCAUGGCUGCUGAGCUAGUCCUUGCUUUAACCCUUUGUGAAAUCUCUUCCCUUCUGAUUCUAAAUGCCCCAAAGCAAGUACCUUCUGAAGAGUCCUGUCCUGCAAGGCAUGGGAUUGCUGUAACCCAUGUUGCUUAAUUUGCAAUGAUCUGUAGAAGAGGCAAAAAGUGGUCUAUUGUGAAAUCUAGAUUUGAUUGUUUAUAUUGGUAGCUACUGGUUAACAUGAUUUCUUGUCGUUUUCAAUGAAGGGGAAUGAUUUAAAUUACUGGAAACAGUAAUGCCUUUAAAAACUAUUAAAAAUGUGGGAAGGUGGGCCAUGAAGCAGGGCCACCCAGGGAAAACUUAGAGCGAUCUUGAAUUCCUUCUUAAGAGUAACUCUGAAAUUGUGGCAGAAAUGGGCAAAACACUGCCACUACCCUUUUUUGUGCCACCCAAGUUUUGAUCAUCUGGGUAAAGUGCAGCAAGUGAGAGAGCAAGGGUCUCCAUCAAAUAAAUGAUAUAUUUAUAGCUGGCCAACCUUUAGGUGGAGCUCAACAUUGAGCUGAGCGAUGUACCCUUUCAUUGACUACAAAUAACGCAGGUUCAGAUGUUCUGUAAAGCUUUGUAAAGAAUGGGGACUAUUCCUAAGGAUCUCACCUGGUGCAUUAACGAAAAGCCUAACCUGAAAGGGGUCAUGCUAACGUAUUGGACUCUCUUGUCCUGUCUGGGACCUUUUGGUCAUUGAUCAGAUUGUGCAAAGUCUGGAGGGAGAUCUUGGGUAUGACACUGUGGGAAAUACCUGGAUUGCUGUGGAGUUGAGAUUGCCUUUGAACAGUGUUUGAAAUUCCCCAGGUGUGUUUUGCUACUGGUCCAGGUCCAGUUGCGACUACGUGGAAAUUUCUGGGUGUUGGGUUGGCAAUCCCAGUUUAAAAACCUCUGCCUUAGUCCAUAGUUAAUACCUGUUCCAUUUCCCCUGUGUGCGUUUCUCCUUUCAUACUGGGACAGGUUAAUUGUUGUAAGAGGAAGCUACAGUCAGGCAAUAUAGCUGAGAUCACAGAAUCAUAGAAUUGUAGUGUUGAAAGCGUCAUCUAUGUAACCCCCUGGUGAAUACACAUACUGUUGUGGCGAUCAUAACCUAGGUUUAAGGUGCCGUUUGGCUGCCUAGCUUAUAUAUCUGAAUUUCUAACACUGCUUUUGAAAUCGGUCCUUGCGAGUCUAAGGGAAACCAUGCUGAAAUUGAUUUAUCACUGGUACAUGAUGCUGCAGAAACUAGGUCACAUGGUGAGGACUCGUAAGUAGGUUGUGUUGGAGAGGAUGCAAUCGAUUUGGCACAAGGAUGGAGUUGAAACUAACAUCAACUGGCUCCUUCAGAUGGAGGAUGAAUGACACCCUAUUUAGAGAUGAAGAAGUUUACAAAAAGGCCCAAAAAACCUUGAGAGACUAUUUUGAAAUAAAUAUGAAUACUAAUGUAGAAAAAAGAGUAAUCUGGGACGCAAGUAAAGCUGUCAUGAGAGGGUUUCUGAUACAACAGAAUGCAAUAAAGAAGAGAAGUCAAAAUGAGAAGAAAGAUAAAAUUUUGGGGAAAAUAAAAGAAAGUGAAAAGAAAUUGAGAGCAAAACCAAAGUCGCAGGAGAUUUUGAGAGAAAUAAAGUUAUAUCAAGUACAAUAUAUGGAAAUGAUGAAUCAGGAAAUAGAAUGGAAAAUUAAACAAAUGAGACAAAAAACAUUUGAAUCAGCUAACAAAUGUGGGAAAUUGUUGGCCUGGCAAAUGAAAAAAAGACAAAAAUUAAAUACUAUCACAAAUUUAGAAGUGGAAGGAAAGAAUAUACAUAACCCAACUGAGAUUAGAAAUUGUUUCCAGAGGUAUUUUAAACAACUAUAUACACAAGGGCCACAGAAGGAAAUGGAUAUAGACCGAUUUCUGAAGACAAAUGGAUUACAAAAUAUCCCAAGAAAGUAAGUUAAUGCUGAACUAUAAAAUAUCUGAACAGGAAGUAGAAGGUGCCAUCCAAAACAUGCAAUUAGGCAAAUCUCCAGGACCGGAUGGGCUGACUUCUAGAUAUUAUAGAUCUUUGAAAGAGUGGCUACUACAACCUUUAAAGGAAGUCUGCAAUGAAAUAUUGGAAGGGAAAAGGGCACCAGAGUCUUGGAAAGAGGCGUACAUUACACUUAUACCGAAGACAGAGACUGAAAAGACUCAGCUUAAGAACUACCGCCCCAUAUCGUUACUUAAUGUGGAUUACAAAAUUUUUGCAGACAUUUUGGCCAAGAGAUUGAAAAAGUAUUGAUGGAAGAGAUUCAUAAAGACCAAGCGGGCUUUCUCCGGGAAGACACUUGUCCGAUAAUUUGAGGAAUAUAAUUGAUAUUUUGGAAAAACUAGAAGUGAACAUAAAUACCAAAGCUGUUUUGAUAUUUGUGGACGCGGAGAAAGCUUUUGAUAAUAUCUCUUGGAAUUUCAUGAAGAAGAACCUACAGGGGAUGGGGGUAGGCCAAGGUUUUGAAAACGGUAUAAGUGCAAUUUAUUCAGAACAAAAGGCUAAACUAAUUGUAAAUAAUGUGGUGACGGAAGAAUUUAGGAUAGAAAAAGGGACAAGACAAGGUUGCCCAAUUUCCCAAUUGCUUUUUAUAUCGGUCCUGGAGGUUCUGCUGAACAUGAUUAGAAGGGACCGGUUGGUUAAAGGUAUACAGGUCGGAGCCAAACAGUACAAACUGAGAGCAUUUGCAGAUGACUUAGUAUUGACGUUACAGGAGCCAGAAUCUAGUACCAAAAGAGUUUUAGAACUGAUUCAAGAAUUUGGUCAAGUUGCAGGAUUUAAGUUGAAUAAGUUAAAGACCAAGGUUUUAGAGAAAAAUUUAACACCAAUGGAGAGAGAGAGGUUUCAGAAUGAGACAGGUCUAACAGUGGUUAAGAAAGUUAAAUAUUUGGGGAUUAACAUGACAGCAAAAAAUGGGAAUUUAUUUAAAGAUAAUUAUGAAAAAUGCUGGGCUGAAGUGAAAAAAGAUUUGGAAAUUUGGUCAAAUUUGAAGCUUUCACUGCUGGGCCGUAUUGCUGCGGUAAAAAUGAAUGUAUUGCCUAGAAUGUUGUUUUUGUUUCAAACAUUGCAAAUUGUGGACAAAAUGGACUGUUUCAAGAGGUGGCAGAGAGAUAUUUCUAAAUUUGUCUGGCAGGGCAAGAAGCCUAGAAUAAAAUUUAAAAUAUUAACAGAUGCAAAGGAAAGAGGUGGAUUUGCUCUGCCAGACUUUAAACUUUACUAUGAGUCAGCAGCUUUCUGCUGGUUGAAAGAAUGGUUGCUUCUUGAAAAUACUGACAUUUUGGAUUUAGAAGGUUUUAACAAUGUAUUUGGAUGGCAUGCAUAUCUGUGGUAUGAUAAGGUCAAAGCGCAUAAAGCAUUUAAAAACCAUAUUGUCAGGAAAGCAUUGUUUAAUGUUUGGAUAAGAUAUAAGGACUUAUUGGAAAACAAAACUCCAAGGUGGCUGUCACCGAUGGAAGCAAAAGCUCUGAAAAAGCUCAAUAUGGAGGCCAAAUGGCCGAAAUAUUGGGAAAUUUUGGAACAAGAUGGAGAUAGACUGAAAUUGCAGAGUUUUGAGAAAUUAAAAACAAAGUGCGAGAGUGGCUUCAUUAUUAUCAGAUAAUGGAGGCAUAUAAUCUGGAUAAGAAAAUUGGUUUCCAGGUGGAAAAAUCAAAAUUAGAAACAGAACUAUUAGAACCCAAAACUAAGAUUUUGUCAAAGAUGUAUAACUUGCUGUUGAAAUGGAAUACUCAGGAUGAAACGGUGAAAUCUGUUAUGAUUAAAUGGGCACAAGAUGUUGGUCAUAACAUAAUGAUGGCAGACUGGGAACAGUUAUGGACCACAGGUAUGAAGUUUACAGCAUGUAAUGCCCUAAGAGAGAAUAUUAUGAAAAUGAUUUACAGGUGGUACAUGACCCCAGUCAAGCUUGCAAAAAUUUAUCAUUUGCCCGAUAACAAAUGUUGGAAAUGUAAAGAAACUGAAGGUACAUUCUUUCACCUUUGGUGGACAUGCCCAAGGAUUAAGGCUUUCUGGGAAAUGAUAUAUAAUGAACUGAAAAAGGUAUUUAAAUAUACCUUCCAGAAGAAACCAGAGGCCUUUCUCCUGGGCAUAGUCAGUCAAUUGGUGCCAAAGAAGGAUAGAACCUUUUUUAUGUAUGCUACAACAGGAGCAAGAAUACUCAUUGCAAAGUAUUGGAAGACACAAGUUCUACCCACUCUGGAAGAAUGGCAGAUGAAGCUGAUGGACUAUAUGGAACUGGCAGAAAUGACUGGCAGAAUCCGAGACCAGGGAGAAGAGUCGGUGGAAGAAGAUUGGAAGAAGUUCAAAGAUUAUCUACAGAAAUAUUGUAAAAUUAAUGAAUGUUAGAACGAUGUUGGAUAGAAAUUAAGUGGUUUCUAGCUGUAAUGCUUUAAGGGAAUAUGAAAAAGGGGUUGUUAAGAGGUAAAAAUCUAAUGUUACUAUUUUAAGACCAAAGAUUAGGAUAAACAAAGAGGGUAAGGAUUUGCUGAACCAACAAACUGAACUGGAAUACAAAAAAGGGAGGUAUGAGGAGGUCCGGGAAACAAGCUAAAGAAAAAUAAGCAAUGGAAAAUCUGAGUGUUUUUAAUCAUUUUUAUUUUGUAUUUUUUUUUCUUUCUCAUUUUUUAUUGUAAUAUCUUUUUAAAAAUCCUAAUAAAUAUCUUAUAAAAAAAAGAUUUGGCACUAAGUUCAACAUGUGGUGGGCAUGCCCUGUGGUCCAACUGAGGUGGGUAUUCCAGGAAAUUACAGCCAUUGUUAAUUAGAAGUUUCAUCAUGACCCUGGCCUUGCCCUCCUUCCAGUAUUUCCAGAGGCUAUGUGAGGAUUGCUCAAUAAAGACUGAAUUUGUUAUUUGCUGGCAGCCGCUUGCUUACAGAUCACACACCACUGGAAAGGAUCGUCACAGUUUUCGAUACAAGGCUGGUGGUCCAAGGUGUGCACAUAGCAGAAACAGUGAUGCAGAGACAUUGAGUCAGCAGGUGCGCCUUCUGUUUCAACUUUUAAACACCUGCUGAAAACUUUCCUAUUCCAUCAAGGCAGGUAGUUAAGAAUGCACAGUUUUCUGCAUUUUCGUUGCAAACCACUUUGAUAUUUUUAUGUAAGAGUGGUAAUAGUAUUUAAAUAUAAGUAAAUGAGGGGUGAGAGCAAGAGAACGAUGCAUUUGCAGACAGUUGAGCCAUGUUCAUGCCGCACAUUAAAAAUAUUGUGAUGCCUCUUUGAACAGUCAUGGCUUCCCCCAAAGAUUUCUGGGAGCUGUCAUUUGUUAUCAGUGCUGACAAUUGUUAGGAGACCCUGAGACCCCUAUUCACAGAGCUACAGUUUCCACAUCUUCAGAUUGCUCUGAAGAUUUUAGUCAGGAGUCGGCAACAUGUGUCCCAUGGGCCAGAUGUGGCCCACGAAGACCGUUUUACCGGCCCACGAGCCACCCAUGAACUGAGCUGCCCGCUUGGCGAGCCCCCCGAGCACUGUGCUAAACUGGCACAGCGCAGGGACUCGCAGUGCAACGCCAGAAAUUCCGUCUGUGCACACGCAGAUACUGGAAAUUGUGUCUGCGCAUGUCCAGACACUGGAAAUUGCUUCUGCGCAGGCGCAAUUUCCGGCGCCACGGCCAUGCACAGACGCAAUUUCCAGCGCCGCGGACAUGUGGAGACGCAAUUUCCAGCAUCACGCUGCGCUAGUCCGGCCCACAGAAAAUCUCCAUGGGAGUGAUCUGGCCCAUGGCCGGUAAACCUUGCCAACCCCUGAUUUGUGUGUUAAUGUGGCCUUGGGAUCCCUUUUUGCAUUAUGUAGCUGGUCAGAGAGGGGCUGUGCAGCCAUCAGUCUCUCAGAACAACUUCUGAUUGGACAUAUUGUUGACAUCUUGGGAGACAGUGGAAGAGUGAGCCUUUGGGAGUAAAGCCCAACCAUUGGAGAGUCACAGCGCCUGCUGUGACUGUAGAGACCGAUACGGUAGAGACGUGUUUUAUUGCAGGCAGGACAUAUUACUAAGUUACCUUCUCUCCUGAGUUGCUUCUGGUGUCUGUAAAGCAGUUGGUCUUAUUAGCGUGUAAAGUAUCGCCUCUUUCAUACAGCGGUACCUCUGGUUAAGUACUUAAUUCAUUCCGGAGGUCCAUUCUUAACUUGAAACUGUUCUUAACCUGAAGCACCACUUUAGCUAAUGGGGCCUGCCGCGCCGCCGGAGCAUGAUUUCUGUUCUCAUCCUGAAGCAAAGUUCUUAACCCGAGGUGCUAUUUCUGGGUUAGCGGAGUCUGUAACCUGAAGCGUAUGUAACCUGAGGUACCACUGUAUUAGUGAAAGCUGUAUUGUUAUAGUUAUGUGUUUUGUGUUGUUUUUUUAAUGAAAAAAAUGAUUAAUACAUUGUGCACUGUACUGUUGUAUGUCUGGGGAAAAACUUUUGAAAAUGAACAGUAAUCAUUACAAAGGGAGGAGAGGGAGCUUGCCGCUGGAGUCAAGGAGGGGAAAGAUACAAGGAACAAGCAUCGGCUUAAAUUGUUUACUUAAUCCUUGGGUCAGUUGAUGUUGGCACAACCACACUGCAACCUUCAACAUCCUUAGAGUCUGCAGCAUAUAGAAGAUGUUCAGAUUUGUCUUUAAAAGCUGUGUUUGAUGCUACUGAAAGCUUCACAGGGACUGUGGCUGAAUAGUUCACAAGCUAUAGAAAGACACCAAAUCUCUGGCUAAACAGCCUCCCGGUGUGAUAGAAUUUCAGUAUAUGGGUAAGUGCCGCUUCCCCACUAUUUCCUAUUACCUUUUAACUCCCUGUUGGAAAAUCACAAAUGAAUAAGUAGGUCAGAGGUCAUUAAAGUGAAGUCCAAACCCCACUGAGAAACUGAUGUACAAAGGCCCCAGUUUUAUGCCUGCAAAGGAUUCGUUUACACCCCACUUUGAUCAGUUGCAGUAGAGACGGGAGGGGGGGAGAAGCUUUGCUAUCUUUUUCUUCUCCGCAGCCUGCCUUUUUAAAAAAAGAAAAGAAAAGAAAAGAAAAGAGAGAGAUGCACAACUUGCAGUGUGUUUCAGAUCCACUGAACUGGAUAAUAGCUGUGGUCUAAUUUAGUUUUGUUCCUGUUGUGCUCUGUGGGGAGGGGAAGUAUCAUUCUCAGGGGUCCUAACACACUUGCUGGAAUGCAAUUUUAUUUUUUAUUAUUUGGUCUGUGAGUGGGAAACAGCCACAGUAGUCUCUGAUUCAGGCUAUGUGGCUGAGUGAUGGAAAAUAAACCUGUUAAUGUUGCAAGUAGUCCUUUAACAGAAUUCUGUUUCUACCAGCUGCCUAAUUUUAAAAGAACACGUUGGAUGUUUCUCUUUAGUUCUGUUUAGAAGAAGUUUAUAAAAGAGUCCUUUUGAUAUUUUUCUUUAGUUCCGCUUAAGUCUAUAAGAUCAUUAGUCAAAGAACUGAACCAAACUAGGGCAAGAUUAGCCGGGCCAGCCGCCUUACUUUUAACUACCCCCUUUAUAUAAGGGUGACCCGAAUCAAAAUGAUCUGAUUAUCUCUGGCUGCUCUUUCUGUUGGGGGUUAAGGCUUCACAGAAUAUGCUCCUUAAACACACUUCACUGAAGUGCAGGGUAAACUAAGAGGAUCCAAUGAAGAGGAGAAUGGGGAGGAAUUGGACAAGGAGUCAUUUGCAAUAGAUUCAUCUUUAUAGGAGGCUGAGGGAGGAAAGUUCCACUUACAAGUUUACAGCUUAUUUUACUUUAACGUUAUGGCUGUUUGCCAGCAUUGCUGUUAGAGGCUCGGAUCCAUCAAAUAUGUAUUUUGUUGGUAGAUUUUAUAUUCUGCUUUUCAGCUAGAGUCCUCAAACUGCCUGUGUGUGUGUUUAUAUAAUAUUAUAAUAUGUAGAUAUUAAUGAACUUGCAGCUCAUCCUGAGAACAUGCUAUAGACUUGUCACAAGAGUGCUUACCUGGCUUAUUUUUUAUUUUGCAAACUAAAUGCCCUUUCUUGCUUAAUUGAAAUGUGCAGGCCACACAUUCUUUGCCUGGGGUUGGGCUUCCAUUAUGGGAUAUUGUAUGUUCCUGGCAGUCAAGGCAUGGUGUACUGAGCCAACAAAAAUGUGUUGUGAUUUCUAGGCAGUGCCAGUGCUUUUUUCUGGGGAUAUGCAGGGGUACACAUACCCCUAAACAUUUGUGAAUCUAAGUUCGGCCUCAUUGAGGGGCAGUAUUUCAAUAUGAGUAGUAAAAUGAGAAUACCCCUAAACAUUUUUUUAAGGGAAAAAAAAGCACUAGACAGUGCUAUCUUUGUUUUGCAAGUGCAGCGUAGAUUGUGAUUGCACAAGUGUCGAGGGCACCUAUUGGCUGUAAUAAGUGACAACCCCCAAGGAGAACAAAGGUUCCUCCUACUCUUUUCAGGGGUAGCAUGUAUACAGGUCUGGACACAUCUGGAUUUUGUAUGGAAUAGAAAAUGUGCAGAAAAGAACAGCCAAAAUGAUCAGUGGGCUAGAGCAACUCCCUUGUGAGCAAAGGCUUUAACUUUUGGAGUUGUAGGAUUUCAGUGUAACUGUGACUGUGUAGGAGCAUGACCACCCAACAGCAAAAGGUCGCAGCAAAGACAACAUUUAAUUCUAACUCAGGCUUAAAAGGUAAAGGUACCCCUGACUGUUAGGUCCAGUCGCGGACGACUCUGGGGUUGUGGCACUCAUCUCGCUUUAAAGGCCGAGGAGCCGGCGUUUGUCCGCAGACAGUUUUUCCAGGUCAUGUGGCCAGCAUGACUAAGCCGCUUCUGGUGAACCAGAGCAGCGCACGGAAACGCCGUUUACCUUCCCACUGGAGCGGUACCUAUUUAUCUACUUGCAGUUUGACAUGUUUUCGAACUGCUAGGUUGGCAUGGAGCAGGGACCGAGAAACGGGAGCUCACCCCAUUGUGGGGAUUCGAACCACCAACCUUCUGAUUGGCAAGCCCUAGGCUCUGUGAUUUAGACCACAGCGCCACCUGCGCUUAAUUUCAUGCAAAAAAUGAUGUGUGUCCCCCCCCGGAAAUGUAAACAUAUUAAAUUACCAUGCUAAUGCAAAUAGAAUCCAUCAUUACUAUAUCCCUUUGGUGGGGAGGAGAAGGUAGUAUUGUGGUUGAGAAAGUAUGGUUUGCAUCAGUCUUGCAAUAUGCUAACAUUGGAGAGAAGGGGUUGAGACAGAGGCUGCAUUCACACAGCAGUUUAUUCUGGUUUCCCGACAUCGCCCUACCUGUUACUUUCUGCUUUAUGUUUGAGUUUUCGCACAACGUAAAAGCCACUUUCAGAAAUAUAGUGGAGUAUAGCACAAAUGUAGGGGUCAUUUCAGUGUUAUUUGCUUCCAGAAAAAAUCUGUUUGCAAAUAACAUGGAAACGAAAGCAGAGCCAGCUCUAUUCUAUAUUUUGGUGAAUUUCUGGAAGUUGCUUUUACAUUGUAUGAAAGAUCAAAUGUAAUGCAAAAAUUGACAGUUAGGGAAAUACUGGGAAACUGGAAUAAAGUGCUGUGUGAAUGCAAUCAGUAGUGUACCCUGCAGCGUAGUAGGCAUUUUGCAGAAAUACUGUAUAUGUGUGUGUAUGGAAUGUUAAGACUGUAGUAGCUGUGGUGGGGCAUUGGUGAUUAAUUGCUCUCCCGCUCAAAGGGGAAAAUGUUGCUUCUGGUAUAAACACUUAAAUGGGUGUAUUUGGGUGACUGUUUGAUUAGUGAUAAUAACAUUGCUGUACUUAUUAACAUUAAAUCCCUUCAUACACACACACAGCCAUCUGAAAUACCAUGCCUGGGCUUGCACUGAAUGUAGAAUUGCCAGCCUAAAAUAUAUUUGUAUUUAAGACAUUUUUAUACUUCACAGUUAUUUGCAUUUCUAAGCAGUGGUCCAUUGAUGACCAGUAACACAUCUGGGUUAUGACUCGUGAAGCCUAAGUUCUUUGAAAGGUUUAGAUUUGGCUUUGUGGGGAAGAGCAGGGGUCUUGUGCCUUUGACAGCUGUAGUGGACAGAAAUUCAACAGCUUAAAGCGUUUCUUGUUGUAAAUGGGUGAGAUGGUGGACUCAAAAUAAAUCAGGGAAGGGCAUAUGCAGUGAUAAAAUUGACAGGCAGAAGGUCAGCAGAUGAAGUUUUCUCAUAACUAUCUCCAGCAAACCCAAGAGCCCUUUUUGAGUUCCACUGAGAUGAAGAGGUUGAUUGUUUUGACAGCUGUCUCCAUCUUGUCGUUGCCACAGUGAGACUGAGGCCUUGGCAGGAUGGACAGACCUGACAAAUGGACAAUUUAUUGGGGAAAUUCAGGAAUCCCUUCAAUUUAAUUAGUCUUUUGGGUGGAAAAGCUAUACAAGUCGUCCAACCCUUCAGGGAAGGGCUUCCAUCAUCAACCCAAAGGUCACAGGGUUAUUACAGCUCACACCCACAGAUUUAACGUAUGCCCUGCCAUAUGUGUUGGGUCAAUGAUGGAUUCUCCCCCCUCCCAAAAAAAAUUAUCUUGAAACUUUUACAUAAACGUGGGUCAGUGGUGUAUUGAAACAGCUCCAUGGGUAUCAUGGCAGCCAUAAAUAUUGAGUCUGUUGAAACAGCCAUCCCGGGCUUCUCUGACACUACCAGUUUGUCAGAGAGGAUACAAAGUCAGCAGUACACCAGAGGGUUUUUUGUUUUGUCUCUCUGGCCAAGCGUCAGUUACAAGCUUAUGUUGAUGCUGCACCAAGUACCCAAAGCUGGGUCACAUCAGGUCUCUCCUAGUUCAUCCCCCCAGGUCUGAGUAAUACCUACCGGUUUCACUCCCUCAUCGACAAUUAAAUUUAAGGAAGGGUUGUAGCUCAAUGAUAAAGCAUCUGUGUUGCAUGCAGAAGUUUCCCUGCAUCUCCAGAUAGGGCUUGGAAAGAUUUCCUGUUGGAGAGCUGCUGGCAGUCAGUGUAGACAAAUGAGCUAAAUGGACCCAAUGGUUUGACUCAAUAUAAGACAUCGUCCUAAGUUCCUAAACUGUGAAUGGUUGCUGAUUUGCAGUGGACCAAUCUGCCAUUCAGAAGCACCACAACCAGGUGGGAGAGCUGCUUGGUAGAGCAUCUUGCUCAGGGGUCACCAACCUAAGGUCCAUGGGCCGGAAGCAGCCUGUGGAGGUCGUUUGACCAGCCCAUGAGCUGCUCCCAAAACAAGGUGCCCGCUCGCGCACUGCGCUAAGCCAGUGGAGCGCAGUGACUUGCUUCCGUGGUGCCGAAAAUCACAGGCACGCACAGAGGGAUCUCUGCGGGACCGAUCUGGCCCAGGCAAGAUAAACCUUGCCAAGCCCUGAUCUUGCUGGUUGGGGAAAGUACCUGAAGAGGAGAGAGCUCUCAGCUAUCUACCCCCUCUUUGCCUUACCUUAGGGAAGCUUUUAAUAUCUGAAGAAUUAAUGUAUUUUAAAGUUUUGUUGGAAGCCACCCAGAGUGGCUGGGGAAACCCAGCCAGAUGGGCGGGGUAUAAAUAAUAAAUUAUUAUUAUUUAUUUUUACCUGACAUGUCUGCCCAAGACUGUACUGUACCAUGAUGAUUAUGAUGACCCAGAGUGAUUGAGAACCAAGCAAAUGUGGUGUAGUGGUUAGAAUGCUGGACUUGGACCUGGGAGAGCAGGGUUCGAAUCCACACUCAGACAUGAAGCUCACUGGGAGACCUUAGGCGGGUCAAUCACUCUCAGUCUAACCUGCCUCACAGGGUUGUUGUAGGGAUUAAAUGAGGGGGAGGACUAUGUAUACCACUUUCAGCUCCUUGCAGAAAAGGUAGAACAUAAAUAUGCAAUCAAUCUAUAAAUGAUUAUUAUUAAAUUUAUUCCCACCCUUCACUAACGGGUUCCGGGGGUGGGCUGUAACCAUUAAAAAUUCAAAAUUAAAAGCAGUUAAAACAUUUCACAGGAACAGAGUGGUCCUGCACAUAUCAACAUGGUAUACAGAUGGGAGUUUUUAAAAAAAGACUUACUAAGAAAUAUGUAAAACUUCUAUCUCAAGGGGAAAUUAUUAUAUACUUAUUCUUGCUGUUAGUUAUCAUAUUUCCGGUGGAAAUAAUUCUGGAUCCAUGAACAUAGAAGCAAUCAUCCAGGAUUUGGGAUGUAUUACUUGUGUGAGCAUGCACAUAAUGUGUGCACACUCUUCUGUUUCAGAGUUGUCUGGGAUAGCAACAGAUGGCCACAGGAAUCUGGAGAAGCGGUUGGCUUGUCACAUGGUUGUAGACUGCCCUCCGUGUGGUUAAAGCUGUAUGGGGGAAUGGGGUGGAAUUUUAAAGUGACAUCUACAUGGUUGUCUGUUUCCACCACUUCUCUGUGAUUUACUGGAGCAUAAACAUACGCUUUGAGGUCAGCAGUACUCAAGAAAUGCUAUAGCCUGGGCUUAACAUCUGCUGGAAGAAGAACGUGAAUAGUAUCAAGGUAGUAGUGUAGAAGCAAUUGCUGUGUUGCACAGCAGCCUAAUUCAAGUGUAGUGCCUUAAUAUCCGUUAUAAGAACAUAAAAAGAGACUGUUGGAUCUAGUCCAGGCAUAGGCAAACUCCAGCCCUCCAGAUGUUUGGGACUACAAUUCCCAUCAUCCCUGACCACUGGUCCUGUUAGCUAGGGAUGAUGGGAAUUGUAGUCCCAAACAUCUGGAGGGCCAGAGCUUGCCUAUGCCUGAUCUAGUCCAUGUAUUCCAGCAUCCUGUUCUCACACUGACCUACCAGAUCCCUGUGGGAAACCUGCAAGCAGGACCCAAGCACAAGAGAACGCUGCGCUCCUGAUGUUUCCAGCAUGGAGGCAGAGCUUGGCCAUCAUGAGAACCUUACCCUCCAUUCAUUUGUUUAAUCCUCUUUUAAGGCCCCUCAGGCCUGAAGCAGAAGUACUCAUAAGCGGAGCACACUACACAGUGAUUUUAUUCAACCCCUAACUGAUUUUAUCUCUUUCUUUCUUUCCAUGGUUGUCCAGUGGAUUUUGCUCUGAAGGUGGUACAGUGGUCAGAGUCUGAGACAGUGAGGCUGCAGCUGUGGGAUAUUGCCGGUAAGCUAUGAAGAGUCACUUGUUGGUUUGUGGUGGAUGAAAUUUCCCCCCCAGAUUUGUUUGUCUUUUUCUAUCGAUCAAAGAUAGUUCCAAAGGGGUAGAAAAUUCCCCCACACAGUAGCUGUAUAAUUUUCAUCCAUGUGUUGUUGUGUUUCACCUCUUUAGCGAUACAGUUUAUGCAAUUUCCUGUGUAAGUCUGGAAAUGGCAAUUUUGGGGUAACGCCUUAAAACUUAAAACUGGUGCUGAUGGAUGGUUAUUACAAUUAAUAGUGACUAAGAGGCAUGUGUAUUUGUUUGCUUUGUCAUUCCACUGCCAAAGAGACAGCCCACUUAAAAAGUGGCUUGUCUCUUCAGCAAUCGAAGCUGCUGCCAUAAAAUUAGGAAGCAAAACUCAGCAGUGUGUAGGGUUUGUUACUUACCUACCAGUAUGACUUCUCAGUAAGGAUAACUGAUAUAAAAAAAUUAAUUCUUGAGGCAGUUUCCCCUCUCCCUCAAAAGAGUGAGUUUGGCACAGGCAGCUGCAAUGGGAGGGGAGACACAAGCGACAACAUUUCUUCUUUGGUGCAGUACAGAAAUUGGUGAACUCCAAACCGUGGAUUAACUUGGCAAUCAUCGGGGCAUCCUAGUAGUUCUUGCAGGUUUCUUUUGGUCCCCUUCAUCUCAGGGCCGGAUUUAGGUUUGAUGAGGCCCUAAGCUACUGAAGAUAAUGGGGCCCUUUAUAUGUCCAGCUGUCCUUUGUCAGCAACAAAUUAUCGCUGUUUUUUGUGUUGAAAAUAUGCUAUAUGGUAAUUUAUGGACCUAAUAGGUAUCUAAAGCCAUUUGUACGUAACCAAUAGGAGCCUACACAACACAAAACACUGUUGCUGUAUAUAGGUUUUAUUUUAUUUGUUUUUUAUCUUAUGUUUUGGAAAUGCACAUCCAGUUUUUUCCCUUUAAGUUUUUUUUGGGGGGCCCCAAGAGAGUGGGGCCCUAAGCUAUAGCUUGUUUAGCUUAUACAUAAAUCCGGCACUGCUUCAUCUUCCUAUCCAUUGGUGCAUUAAAUCUUUAGGGUGGGGUAGGUAGCCUGUGGCCCUCCAGACGUUGUUGGAUUACAAAUCCCAUCAGCCUCAGCCAGCAUGGCCUAUGGUUGGGAAUAAUGGAGCCUGUAGUUCAGCCACAUCUGUAGGACCACGGUUUGACCACCCUGUGAACGAGUCAUCCCACUUUGUCAAGUUUUCCAUUGUCCUUGCCAGAAGGCAGUAAAGUAGAUACAACUCCCUUGAUGUUGGAUCAAACAAAUGUGGAGGGGGAAGCUGCCUAGGAAUGAAUCUGAGGUAAUGCUAAAACUCCUUCGUCACCUAAACCCUCCCCAGGUCAAGAACGUUUCACGUCUAUGACUCGGCUGUAUUACAAAGAGGCAUCGGCCUGUGUGAUCAUGUUUGAUGUCACCAGUAUUGGCACGUUCACCAGCUGCCAGAAAUGGAAGUAUGAUUUGGACAGUAAACUGAAGCUGCCGGAUGGAAGCCCCGUUCCUUGUUUGCUGCUGGCUAAUAAAGUGAGUGGCCGUAGACUGAGUGUUUCCAGCUGUUUUUCUUUCUUUUUAAAAAGGCGAUAAGCCCUCUGAAACUCCCCUAAAGUGCUGGGAGAUAAGAGCCGUGCAUGUGUGCUGUCCUCAUGCUAUCAGUGAACACUGGCGGCAGCUGAGAAUUAGGGUUGGGGCCUAAAAAGAAGGGGGCAUGGAACAGAGCUUGGAGAAUGCGUCUUCUCACUGGCCUCUGACCCAGUUCCAUCUCCCCACAGUUUUUAAAAGGGAGGGUGGGGAAGGUCUUGAGGCCUGCAGAGCUAAAAGUGUGCAGGAGAAGGAUCCCUUUCUCUCCCCCCCCUUUCUUUCAUCCCCCCUCCCCAUCUAAAAUUGUUCCUGAUAUCACUAAGGAAGUGAGGAAAUUCCCAAGUGGGCAUCUUUCAUGACCCUGAAAAAAACAUAUUUGAAACAUCUGCUUACGAUAUAAAAUAUCUGCACAUUUAUCAAACUCUGCUUUGAACUUGAGGAGUUUAUUUUGAACAGUAAUAAGAAUUUUUUCAGGGGCAGAAGAGGCACAGAUGUCUCAUCAUUUUACCCUGCUAAUCCAAACUGCGGCAGCACAAAUAGUUAUAGCAUCGCCUUAUAAUCUGCUGGAUAGAUCUGGCCGUGUGCAGAUUUGUGGCAGAGGCAGAAAACGAAUGGUACACCUCUUCCUGACUGUUCUAAAGAUGAACUUGUACUUUCCUAAAUUCUCUUUUCCAGUGUGACCUUUAUCCAUGGGCUGUGACCAGAGAAGAAAUUGAUCGGUUCAGUAAAGAGAAUGGCUUUACCGGAUGGAUUGAAACCUCUGUCAAGGAAAACAAGAAUGUAAAUGAGUCGAUGAGGUAGGCAAAUUGAAUUUUUGAAUGUUUUUUCCAGAGGUAAUUAUCCCCUAAGUAUGGGCCUAUGGAUAACAUAUGACAAAAGAGGUGAGGUCUUUAAAAAGAGAAUUCCAACUUCACUCAGUUCCAAAAUAUCCUGUCAUGCUUUCACUAUGAUGCAGUGUUGCAGCUAGGUUUGGAGUGAGACAGGCAGCGCCACAGGUAUUUAAGUGAUUUGCAGUGAUACGGCUACCAUUUUGGCUGUAGGCCAGGGUCUGGGAUGCAAUGCUCAAUAGAGAUUUGGUCUCGGGUGAUUAGGUCAGUAGAUGGAACAAGCUUGUACCCUCUGUAGGUAAGGCACCACAGCCUUGCUUAUUUUUUAAAAACGGAAGUUGUUUUGGGUCCAUGAUGGUGUUCAUUCCUCAGCAAGCCCACCUCUUGCCAGAGAAACAACUUCAUUGCAAACAAUGUCUGUCAACAAGGUAAUGUUUUCUCAGAGGUAAAUGCAGAACCCCACAGUCACAUUGUGUUGGGUUUGAACAGAAGGGGUCCCCAGCAGAGAGUCCUCCCCUGUGAUUUGGUUCCUGGAAUGCUGGGGAAUGUGUGCUGUCUGUUCUUUCUUUCUAACCUAAUCCUGCUUCUUCCUAGAGUCCUUAUUGAGAAGAUGAUGAUGAUGUUGUUGACGUCGUCAGGUGACACGGACAUCACUCUUUCAGGCCGUGGAGACUACAUCAAUCUACAUCAAGCUGCCGCCGCGCCCAGUUGGGGGUGCUGCUAGUUGCACCUCCCUAGGCUUCUGCAUCUGAUCAGAGGUCGAGAGCGCCUUUGAAACUUAGUACUGUCUUUUCUUAAGAAGUAGUACUGAACUGCCUCAUGGCAUUGCUGUAAGCUGCAAUAGAAGACCAAGGCAUCCCAGCAAGGUUGAUGGAAGCCCCAGUCUUGCCUGCUUAUGGGCCACUGGGGUACACUUCUGCCAUUCUAUAUUCCUCAUUGCAAGUUGGGCUAACUUGGAGGAGAUUGUUCUGCUCGCUGCAGCCUUUUGUACUUGUGGGAAAGUCUCCACCACAGUUGAUUGAAGAUUACACAGCAGGAAGAAUGGCCACAAGCAGCUCUGAAAGCAAAGCCCUGGCUAACCUGGCUGUGUCUAACCAGCGUACGUGCUAAAUCUUGCACUUUGAAGCAGACUGCCUUUAAUGUAUCCUCUGUGGAAACAUGCUGUGAUUCUCCCCCCUUGUGACACAGCUGCACAACUCUCUCUUACCACAGCCCUUCUUGAGGUGCCAUAUUUGCCAGGAUAAGCCUAUUGCUGCUUUUGUGUGUGUGUUUUCUGAGAGUGGCUGCAUUUAAGCUGAAGGAAAAAGACCAAAAGGGACUCUGGCCUUUUUUGUCCCUGCUUUUAUGUGGGAGAUACAAUUGUCAGGUCCUUUUCCUGUGACCAUUUCAUUAGUGAGCCCAGCAAUGAAUUGAGGUAAAAGCUGUAAACUGCUUUGCAUUGAUGCACCUUAUUAGAGCAGUAGCAAUGUUUUUAUGUUUUUAUAGCCCUUUCCCUGGUAGGAUCUCAUUUGCCUCUUUCAUAUUCUGAUAAAUUACUUCCUCUCGGAGGCCGUAAUAUGUGGGUGUAGAUAGCCAUCAUGCAAUGCUAUCUUGAAAGCACGUUGAUGGGUUUUAGUGAACCGAGGGGGUAAACGCAGAAUAGAGAACACAGCAGGACAGAAGGCAAGAAUUAAAUCUCUCCUGUACCUUUUUGCUACCAGCCGUUUCCUGCCCUUUGUUUUUGCAGAAAAUACAAAAUUGUAAUUUACCAGUUUUAAAAAAUUCAUAAUUCAGGAAGGUUAACUAUUCAAAAUGGUGAGUUGUAUUAGGGUGCUUAAAUUUCUUAAUCUAUUUUUUAAAAAAUAAACAGCCAAGGAGAUGCAUGUGUAAUGGGUAAAAGAUUCUGUGGAUGAAUAAUGUGUCCAUAUUCAACCAAACUCUGAAAUUUCCUGGAUGAUUGGGUAAAAGCAAAUCUAUUCAGGCCAAAAAAGAAAGAUCUAUUAAAGCCUUGCAAUGUUUGAAUCUUUGCCUGAUAACAUUACAGUUAUUUCAAACUGUCUGUCUGAAUAGGCUAAUGGGCACAACUUCUGGAUAAGAUAUAAAAUAUAUAUUCGGACCAUUUUCUCAGUUAUGUAGACAAGAAGGCACAUUAUUUAUCCAUUGGACUCGUUCUUGUUAUAGGGUAUUACAGGUUAUGUAUUUUGUAAAUAAAGUUUAUUAAACAGUUGCUGCUAAAAGGAUAACAAGCAGUGGAUGGGGAACUGGAAUCUCUCUAGAUAUCGUUCAAGAUGGUAAUAACUUUAUUUUUAAUGUUUUUAAAUGAUAGUGAAGGACACCGGCAAGUUUCUUUGCACUGUUUCUGAAAACUGCAGGUAGAAGUACUAACCACAGAGAAAUUCAAGCUAAAUGCUUUUAAAGGGGAUACUCUAUAGACCACUAACGUGGUGCCCUCCAGAAGAUUUGGACUACAAUUCCCAACAAUUGGAACUGAUGGGACUUGUAGUCCAAAACAUCUGGACGGCACCAUGUUAUUGAAGAGGGAUCUAUAGAAAAAACAAUGUUAGAUAACUUGGUUGUGUUUCGGUAUAUUCAAAUAUCUCAUUGUACUCUUUGAAAUGGGAGCACAACAAAACUAGCCUCAGAUUGCUUCUGUGCAAUUGGAAGUACAAAUUACAAAGAUUUGAGGUCUUUAAAACUUCUGCCUGCACUAAUUAAGUAAGUGGUAGGAGAAGAACCUAGAAAUAGUUCCUUUUCCACAUGAUGGUGAAAGUAUAUAUGAUACAGUCAUACACCUGAACUACAGCACUAGCCCUUCCACUUUGUACCAUUUUCGAAAAGCUGUAUAUAAAGCAGAAUUUGACAGCUGCCUGGCAGAAAUUACUGCUGGGUUAUUGGCACACAGAUCCAUUGGACAUGAGCUGUUUCAAGCAACAUCUCUGACAGCCGUGAUCUAUAGGAGAGAGUUUUUGUAUAUCUCCCUUUGAAUGUACUUGUGCACUGACUUACAACUGCUGUUUGGUUGUCUAAGUUAAUAUAUCUGGAGAGAUCUAUGCAACAAUGGUUGAUGUGCUAUGGUAUUGGGAGGCAGUUGCAGUUAGUAAACCUGCCCUCCAACCACAGUUGGACUCCAUCAGCCCCAGCCUUCAUGGCCAUUGGUCAAGGAUGAUGGACAUAGAGCACUAAGUUGGGUGGAGUUGUAGGACCCCCCCCAUCUGUGUGAACCCAUGUAUAGCAUUGUAUAGGUAGACACUAGACAAUAUAUGCACAUUAUCUUUUCCACAUCCAGUUCUAUUUUUGUGCCUUUUGAAUAGCUGAUGAGAUUUUAAAAUCUCUCAAGCCACUAUCUCAUGGAGCUGCUACUGUAUAUUCUUGACUUGCAAACAUAUAAAGGUAGCUAGGGAAACAGCUGACUUUCCAAAGGGCUGUCUUUAGAGGACCAACUGGAAUGCAAGGUAUAUGAUCAAAACACUAGAACUUUCAUGUUUGAAAGAGUGCUUUGCAAAACAAGAAAUGUCUCAGUGUUUAAAUCCUGUGUGUGUUGGUCCUAAGUGCUGUGCAAAACUCUUUCUGCCAAGACAUAAUGGACAUGUUACCUCGCUUGAAGUGCUUAUUUUAUGUAAGCUUUUAAAAUAAAAACAGAGUGGUGUGUUUUAUUUUUUUACACCUCAUGCUAUACUGAUUGCUUCUGAUCUAAAACUUUUAUGCCAUUUUUUCUGGUUGGAAGUAAACUGAAAGCAAUUUGCUAGAGAGAGGCUCAAAUGGGAGCUGCUGUUUCCUUUUAGGGGAGGGGGGAUGUAUUUCUUCUUGGAGAUUCCUAAACCUUCCACUUAGCAUACAAGAAAAGCUGUCUUGGUAGCCUUAAGCAAGGUUGCUCACGAAACUGUUUUCGGGUUUGUAAAUUCAUUGUGCUUUAUUUAUGGCUCAGUCCCCUCCCUCUCUCCAUCAGAUUGCAGUUCUUUGAUUGCAAGCCGUGAGAUUCUAUAAAUGGUUGUCUUCAUCCAGAUGGUAUUCUAGGAUUACCUAUAGGCCAGAAGAAAUUUCUCUACCCCUCCCCCAAAUUAAAGUAUGAUGUACGAUUUUGUAUAAUUAAAUCCUUAUUCUGCUUUGUAGCAGCAUUGCCUAUGUGUAGUGCACAAUUCCUGCCACUUCCCCCGAGAGUACAAAAUCACACUCAAUUAAGCAUGGGUACUGUAGAGACUGGAUGUGCUGAAUUAAGAUUCCCAUCCCCACUGGUUUGCACCAAGCAGUGCCUUAGUAAUAUGGUUUGAUAUCUGGGGCAUGUCCACAUGAGAGGCUUAAUCCAUGUUUCGUUGGCUCACAUUUUUCCAGGCCAUUUAUAUGACCUCAAACUGAUGUUCUCAGUCUGCUCAAAAGCCAACUUUGGGGUUUGUUUGUUCUUGAAAGCACAGUGUCGGUGGGUUUAAGGCUCCUUAGUGUUACUCUUCCAUUUCUUUUUAAAAUGCAUGGUUUUGAAAUGUACAGAGUUGUAUCUGCUGAGUGAGCCUAUUGCCAUGCAUCUGAACCUCAGUGCUGCUACAUCUCCAGUUUCUGCCAUUCUAACAGUGUGUUUUUAAUCUCAUAGUUUGCUAAAACCAUUUUAAAAACACAUAUUUGCACAAGAAUGCAUAGAAGAAAAUGCAUUUUAGCAAAAAUAGAAAUGUUUUUAAUCACUCCUUUGCCAGUCAGCACUAUUUUAGCACAGUAGUUUUUACCCCUCCCCCCUUUAGUUGGUGCUAAAUAUUUUUAACCUACUUCUUGAAAAAGUUAUUAAAGUUAUCAUGCAAUGUAAAAGCACUUUAGCAUAAAUUGAACAAUUCCCUAAAAACAAGAGUAUAAAUAAAAGGGUUUUUUUAAAUGAGAAAAUUAUAUGCUCUUACUUGUGCCUUCCUUACCAACAUGACUAUGUCACAUUUACUUGUCUGGAUGUUACACUGCAUGUUGUAUGCACAACAAAAGUGUGAUUCUUCCCUGCCCCAGGGAAAUUGAAAUGUUACAACUGUGUGGAGCAUUCACGGGGAAAGUGAAUGGACCACCUUCCAUUAAUUUGAACAAUGGUCAUUGAAAACUCACCUGAAACAGCUGGUGUUUUUCUCAGAAUCUCACAUAUUUUUUAAAUACACAUUUGAAUUGCAUUGUUUUAUAUGUUUAAAAAGUAUUUGUUCUUGUGUCAGAAGGACAAAUGAGGUUUUAGUUGUGCUGUUCAAUAAACCAAUGCAGUGUUGG